AUGACGUUGAAAUUGACUCCGUUGGACGCCGCUUUGCAGCUCUUCAUUACACUGCAGAACACCAGCACAAAUAUUGUCGUUAUGUCCACAACAAAACCGGUAGUGGUUCUAUACGUGCCCCAAGAGUCCGAUCACAAGCAAAAGCGUGAGCUACAAGACUUCCUUGUUCCCGUCAUGUUCUUGUUCCACGAUCGUGAUGAUAUUACACUUGUACAAUCACCUUCACAUAAGAGUGCACAAUCGAGUCUCGUGGUGUUCAAGGGUGGUAAGGAAGUUGCUACUGUCACAAUGGACAGUCAACUCCAGGUCCGUGUUAACAAACUAGUGGAACAAAUUGGCUGGAGUCCGGAUUGUCCCGAUGAGACACAGCUACACAACUACCUAUCACCGAUCAACGUCGAAGAGCUACUGGAUGACAUUGCGGCCUUUACUACCGCGUCUGGUCAGCGUGACUACGUAGCGAACGCUGCCAAUGUGUCGUCUAUCAUCUGGCACGCCUUCGUGGAAGCCGGACGUCCCAUUAACUGGGUAGGGCUCUACUUUGUCCGCCCUCUUGUCAAUCCCAAGGAGACUGACCAUGAUUAUAUCCUGAUCCUUGGACCAUUCAUGGGCAAACCGGCGUGCAGUCGUAUCCGUUAUCAGAGCGGCGUGUGCGGGACAUCGUGGAGGACCAAGUCAGUGCAACGUAUCAUGGAUGUGCAUGCGUUCCCCGGUCAUAUUGCAUGUGAUAAUGCAUCGAAAUCCGAAUUAGUCGUUCCUGUAUUCAGCAAGCAAGGAGACGUCGUUGCUCUCAUUGAUAUGGACUGCCCACAAAAGAGCGGAUUCUCGGCAGAAGACGAACGUACAUUCGUCAAGGUGGCACACGUUAUGGCGAAUGCGUGCGACUGGAACAAUGUCAACAUACCAUACACGCAGCUGUAA